UUUACCAAUUUUGUAAUGUUGUAAAUAUAGUUUGUGAUGUCAUGUUGUUGAACAACACGAGGCGGGGCGGUUGUUAUCUCAAAACAAAUUGAAAUGCUUUAAAGAUAAUUUUUUAGUAGCACUCUACUUUCUUGAAAUUUCAGAGAUGAGUGUGAGUAAAGACGUGAGUCGAGCGAUGGAGAAGCGUUCCGAAGGCUCCAGCAUCUUAAGUAUUAUUUGCAGUGCAGUCAAAAAGGCCUCCAUUGUCGGUAUUGUGUACUUUGCCGGUUAUAUGCAAUGGUCGGUUGCGUGGUUCAUUGGCCCUAUUGUUUUGUUCGUUAUCAGAGACCAAUGGAAAAAAGCCAGCGACAGGAAACGAAACAUAGCAAAAGCGGCAGCUUUAGCAAGUGAAAAAGACGUUGUCUUGGCAAGACUUGAUGAUCUUCCAGCUUGGGUGUUUUUCCCUGAUGUCGAAAGAGCCGAAUGGCUCAAUAGAAUUAUUAAACAAGUUUGGCCUAACAUAAACCACUACGCACGCGACUUAAUCAGGGACACCAUUCAACCAAUUUUAAAAGAAAGCCUAGAAGCUUAUAAAUUAUCAGGAUUCAAGUUUGAACGCAUCAUCCUUGGCACCGUGCCGUUCCGAAUCGGUGGUGUCAAAGUCUACGACAAGAAUGUCGCUAGAAAUGAAAUUAUUAUGGACUUGGACAUUUUUUAUGCCGGCGAUUGCGACAUUACAUUCUACUUGGCCGGAAUUAAGGGUGGAAUCCGCGAUUUUCAACUCCACGGCAUGCUCCGCGUUGUGAUGAAGCCCCUGAUCACAACAAUACCUCUCGUGGGUGGCCUCCAAGUCUUUUUCCUCAACAAUCCCGAUAUAGAUUUCGACCUUAUCGGCAUCGCCGACUUGCUCGACAUGCCCGGCUUGAGCGACAUCUUACGGCGCAUCGUCGUCGAAACCGUGGCCUCGAUGAUGGUCCUCCCCAAUAAAUUCCCGAUUAAGUUGAGCGAUGACGUGGAUGCGAUGGAAUUGAAGGCUCCGGAACCGGAAGGCGUUUUGCGCGUUCACGUAGUCGAGGCUAAACACCUGAUGAAAAAGGAUAUAGGAAUGCUAGGUAAAGGUAAAUCCGAUCCUUACGCAGUGGUCACUUUAGGUGCCCAAGAGUUCAAAACGAAAGUCAUCGAUAAUAGCGUCGAUCCGAAGUGGGAUUUCUGGUGCGAGGCGCAGAUAAGCUCGUACGAAUCGCAAUUACUAACGGUGAAUGUUUGGGAUUGGGAUCCUGGGGUUCCCGGUGCCCAGAAUCACGACUACUUAGGAAGGGCUACCAUUGAAGUAUCUAACAUCGUAAAGAAAGGACAAGACGACAUGUGGAUCACUUUGGAACAAGCCAAACACGGAAUGGUCCAUUUGCGUUUGACAUGGCUCACUUUAAGUGACAAUUAUUCCGAUUUGAAAGCUGCACUCGAAGAAACCCAACUUUUACGAGUCACAUCGAUGAGUACGGCCUUGUUAACAAUCUUCCUUGAUUCGGCCAAAAAUCUUCCGCAAGCCCGUGCGAGCACAAAACCCGACCCUUACGCCGUCCUCAAAGUCGGCAAUACGACAAAAGAAACCAAAGUUUUGGAACGAACAAUACAUCCAGUUUGGGAGCAAGGCUUUUCUUUCCUUGUGGCCAAUCCCGAAUCGGACACACUUUACUUAACAAUAACCGAUCGAAAAACAACAAAUGAGCUCGGCCACGUCACUUACAACAUUGGUAACCUAGCGAAGAAGACCAAAAUGGAGAUUUACAAAGAGCCGUUUUCGUUACUUAAAUCCGGACCGGAAAGUAAAGUUAUCUGGUCGAUGCACUUAAGGGUACUUAAAAGGGCCGAAGCAGUCGACGAUAUUGAUUCUGCCGAUCCCCCAACUUUGCAACGCGACAAUUCGAAAGUAAUAACAAGUGAGGAUGUUCCUCCAACCCCAACUCCAACUCCUGAAACAAAUGAAGGUGCUGGUGAAUCAGCCCCUAAUUACGAAGAAAUUAUUAAAACGACAACAGCGCCAGUUGCGAGUACCCCAAUCAAAGAGAGUAAUCUCACUCAUCGAAGCCCUAGUGUCACUUCAUCGGCGGGUAUCCACGAUUUAGGUCGUAUACAAUUGACAAUCAGAUAUAGUGUUCAGCGCCAACGUCUCAUUGUUGUAGUGCACCAAGUCGCGAAUAUACCCCUCAAAGACCCCUCCAACAUCCCCGAUCCCUACGUGAAGCUUUACUUACUUCCAGAACGGGCCAAAGACACAAAACGCAAAACGCAUGUCGUUAAAGACAACUGCAAUCCUAUUUUUGAUGAAAGUUUUGAAUAUAUCCUCUCGCAAGGCGAACUCAAUACUAAACAACUUGAAGUUACUGUUGCGUCACAAAAACAAUUGUUUUAUAGUAGCAGUAAUAUUUUAGGAAUGGUGAUUAUCGAUUUUGAGAAACUUAAUGUAAAUCAACCUUAUAAUGCAUGGUUUGACCUUAUGCCGGAGACUGACCGGAAUCACCGCUAACCGUCAAUUAUUUAUUAAUCUACUUAUUCAAGUUAUGUAAUACCGUUUUUAGCUUUUUUAUGUGUUAAUAUUUUAUGCCGAUUAUGUAUUACUUAAUAAAAUGAUGUUGAGCUGA